CUCGAUAUAAAAGGGAGAAAACUGAUGCUAACACGGCUGCAUUCGGCUUGCCGCGGAAUACCCUUGACCCUCUCGGCAAUCGGCGACUAGCGGGCUGGUCAGGUGGUGGAAACCCCCACUCAAUGUGAAAGGUGCUUCAAGCGUUCCGGAGACCUUCCUCAUUAGGAGUUCACCACGAGGAUUUUACCGAUCGCUACGACCAGUGUUCCACUCCAGAGAUAGAGGCAGCGAUUUACAUAGCUGGUAUCCUCCGAACAUCUGAGCUCGAGCACGCAUUCACGGGAGCAACUGAAUUAUUGACGGUUUGAUCUUGCCCUGAGUGUACCUAGAGUGUACUGAGUACUCUCAAAAUGGCUUCCCCGGAACUCUCGAUGGACCUCCCGGUCAUCGACCUGGACAUCUUCCUCCACCAGGCGCGCGACUCGGCCGAGGUGCAGGCCGAGUGCGCCAAGGCGGCGUCGGCGCUCAUCACGUACGGCGCGCUGGUGCUGCACGACUCGCGCGUGUCGGAGCAGGACAACGACACGUUCUUGGACCUGCUCGAGGACUACUUCGCGCAGCCCGAGGCCGACCUCAAGCGCGACGAGCGGCCCGAGCUGGCCUACCAGAUCGGCGUGACGCUCGAGAACACCGAGAAGCCCAAGUGCGCCGUCGACGAGCCGUGCCUGCGCGUCAUCGAGCGCCUGGCCCCCUCGGAGCGCCCGCUCGACAUCUCGGCCCACCAGCCCGACCCCAAGUGCCGCUUCUUCUGGCGCAUGGUCGAGCAGCCGCCGUACGAGACCCAGUUCCCGGGCCUGAAUGCCGACAAUAUCACGCCCGAUGCGCCGCAUAUCAAGCCGCGCUGGGGGCCGGUAAUGAACCAGUGGGGGACGUCGAUGAAGAAUGCCGUGGAAGGGCUCACUCAGAUGGCCGCCGUUGGCCUUGGGCUCCCGGCCGACACAUUCAAAGACGCAGGCCGAUACGGCCCACACCUGCUAGCGCCCACGGCAUCCGACCUCAACAAGUACGGCGCCAAGGACACCAUCCUGGCCGGCUUCCACACCGACCUCAACUUCCUCACCAUCCACGGCCGCUCGCGCUACCCGGGCCUGCACAUCUGGGCGCGCAACACGGGCAAGCGCAUCCCCGUCAAGAUCCCGCGCGGCAACUACCUGCUGGUGCAGGCGGGCAAGCAGCUCGAGUACAUCACGGGUGGGCUCAUCAAGGCCGGGUACCACGAGGUCGUGGUCAACGACCGGACGGUUGCGGUGAUGGCCGACCGGAGGAAAGAGUUCCCCGACCGGCCGCUCGUCCGCAUCUCGUCGACCUUCUUCUGGCAUCUGUCGUCCGACUAUGACCUGGCGCCGAUUCCGGCGCUGGCGGAGAAGGCGCGUGCGCUGAGGGCGGAGCAGUUUGAUUUGGGGAGGGAUGAGGGUGAGGAGGUGCAGUAUCCGCCGGUGAAGGUUGGCGAGCAGGUUUCGAAUGAACUGAAACACAUUGCGCUUAUGGCAACUAGUUGAGGGGUUGGUGGGCAGCAGGGUGAUGCUAAUGGGAUGGUGACGUUUGCCAGUUGAGGUUUUGUCUUAACUGUCAUUGACGUAUGAAUAAUGUGAUGUGGUGCGAUGUGAUGUAUGGAAGGCAAUAGGAGAGGUGCUGUCUGCAGGGAGGAUGGAAUGCUGGAGACUGGCCGGACAACAUCGAACGGUGUUUGCGGCUCAAUAUCUCUCUGAUAAGGUGAUGAGACCAUCGGCAUCGAACUCAAUGUCAGACUCGGGUGUUUUGAGGCUUAAUCCGGGUAGAAUGGUCGGUCGAGCUGCGGAAUGGCUAUUGUGAGAUACGCGAGACUUCCAUAUAGGCUAAUGCUCCCCACCCCUGCAGCAACCAGCGAACUACGGCAGGUGCCCACACCUGUAAAUCUUCCGUAGUAUAGUGGUCAGUAUGUGAGCUUGUCACCUAACACUGACAUCGCUCGAG